AUGAAGCACCAUAUCUCCGCCUGUGAAAUAUGUAGAGAAUUCGACAGCACCACAUACCCAAAGGAGACACUAAUGUCCCACGAGGUCCCAUCCCGUUCUUGGGAGAAGAUCGCCACAGACGUCUUUACUCUUGAUGGCAAGUACUACCUGGUCACCAUAGACUACUAUAGCAAUUUCUGGGAGGUGGACAGGUUGCCGAACACUAAAGCCAGCACCACCAUUCUGAAGCUAAAGAGUCACUUUGCUCGCUACGGUAUACUUGAUCAAGUGAUCAGUGACAAUGGGCCACAGUUUACAGCUGACGAAUUCGCUGAAUUCUCCAGAAAAUGGGAUUUUGAGCACUUUACCAGUAGCCCUGGAAAUAGCAAAGCCAAUGGCAAGGCCGAGUCUGGGGUGAAGACAGUCAAGCGUAUUCUGAAGAAAUCAAUCAGGGCUGGAACCGACCCAUACCUCGCCGUACUCGACUAUUGA